UUUUAUGGUUCCUGCCCUUCCCUGGUCUUUGUUUACAACUUCAAAGAUAGACACCAUCCAUCCAGGGCCGGGUCUUUAGUCCCUACACAUUCCCAAUAAUAAAAGAUUGAAAUCAGAAUCUUACACAAAAGAAGAAGAAAUCUGACUUUGUAUUAUUCAUCAUCGUUCAUUUUUCUUCCAUUUCCGAAUAUCUGAUCAUAUAUUUUGUAUCAAUAAAUUGAUACGGUUCAAGAAACGUUGGAUUCUCUGUAUUUCGUACCAAAUUCGUACCGGAAACCGAUCGAUUCUAAAUCCCAUCUCUCCCGAUCGGUCUCGUAUCUCUGUGUGAUUCAAUCCAGAGCUAAGUUGUUGGGUUUUGGGGCGCCCGCCGGCCAUGGCGACCAACUCCGGGUCACUGAAUUAUUGGAGGGAUUACUUUCGGACUGCAAACUCUGAUAUUUUUGAUAUAAUCGACCAUGCGAUCGUGGUGGCGGCUUCCGAUUGCCCCACGGAGUUGAGAUUGCGGCGGGAUCGGAUAGCAGAGCGGUUGUUUUCCAGCAGAUUGACCCGGUGGUGUUCGGGUUGCGAAAAACAAGUCGAAUUGGCCACCGUGCCUGGCGGCGAUGGAGAAGGAGAUGACGACGAAGGCGGCAGCGACGAUGUGCACAGAGGGUGUAAAAGUGGGUUUGAUGGAGGUGGAGGGGAAGUCGAGGGCGGUGGCAGUAAAGAGAGCAAGGUGAAUAGCAGCAGCAGAGAUGAUGAGGGCGGGCUUAGCAGCGACAGCUAUGGAUUGGCUGAGGCCUUGACUGAUGAGAUUGAGCAAGAGUCUCAAACUCUUGGGGAGGUCUUCAGGAUUAGAGACAUGUUUCUUGAUUACGAACAAGAGUCUGAUACGGUAUUGUUUGACUCUUUGAGGAAGCUUCAGUUGAUGGCUCUGAAUGUGGAGACUCUCGAGGCAACUGAAAUUGGAAAGGCGGUUAGUGGUCUCAAAAAGCAUGGAUCAAAGCAGAUUCGUCAUCUUGCUCGAGAGCUUGUCUCAGGUUGGAAAGGCAUGGUAGAUGAAUGGGUCAAUGCUACAGCAGCUAUUGCCAGCACAAAAACUAUGUCAGAUUCUGUUAAUCCAUCUUUUGAUGAUGAAGAAGGACUACCAUCUCCUCCUCUUGAUGAAGCUUUCCUUGCUAAUCAAACCACGACAAUAGAACUCUCGCAGUUCUUUGACGGCAUGGAUGAUGAUGGAAAUCCUCGAAACAACGGGGAAUUCACUGAGUACCGUGAAAAUGGAAGAAAGCGAGAAGUGGAGAAAGAAAAUACUAUUAAGCAGAACCAACAAUAUUCAAAUGAGGCAAAUGUGCUUCUUAAGGGAAACAAGAAUGAACAAGUGAAGAAACGAGAAGUUGUGAAGCCAAAUAAGCCCUCAAACACUCACUAUGGGCCUGGCAGACCUCCCAAAGUUAGUAUGGAUCAAAAGCUCAACAGUGAAACAAAGAUCGAGCAAAAAACAGAUAAGGUUGCCAUUCAAAAGAGGCAACACGCUGGUCAGCAAAAUAAAUUCAAGUGUUCAGAUGAAGUUGCAGUCCAAGUGAAACUCGAAGCCACAAAAAGGAAGCUCCAAGAGCGUUAUCAACAGGCUGAGAACGCCAAGAGACAAAGGACGGUACAGGUUAUGGAGUUGCAUGAUCUCCCCAAGCAAGGGCUUGCGCGUAGGAAUCCACACGGGAGACCUGGAAACCAAAAUCGGCAUUGGGCUCAUGGACGGAGAUAAGUCACUUGUGCAACGGAGACUGAUAGUUUUGAAGGUUCUGCCAUUUUCAAUUCAGUGGACAGGGGCAAACUCUCCGGCAUGUCAUGUCUUGACUCAUUUUUGUGUCAAAACUGAGAAAUUUAUUCACCAUUCUUGGCGGGGAGGGGAUGUUUCAGAUUCAGAAGCAAGAAACUAUUGAAACUUGCCGUAAACUCAGUACAGUGAGGUUUAUAGAGGCCCUUUAAUUCAUAUUCGGAGGCGGAUUAUUACUUAUGCAGUCUCCUUUUUACUUGGUUCUGAGCCAUCCAUAGAGAAGUUUGAUUUUCGCUGCUCAUUUAACUGACUACCCUCGAACAUAUUCUUUUUCUUCCACAGUCCAAGACUUACGUAGCUCGAGUUAUAUAAAGUUGCUUACUUUGCUGUUAUAACGAACAUCUGUAAGCACCUUCAUAUUAACAAUAAGAUUACUUUCAUGUGUCCUUACUUUUAGGUCUGCAUUGCUAUUA